AUGCGGCGCGGUGCCCUUUGCGCCGCGGGCGUGGCGCUGGCCUUGGCAGUGCUGGCGGUGCUCGCGGCUGCGGAGGGGAGGCGCAGGGAUGCGGAGCGGCCAGGUGGGGCGCAGGGCGCCACGGGAGGAGCAACAGGCUUGAAUAAUGAUGUUCUGACAACUCUAGGACUGCGGACAUUGAAGCAAGAGCGACAAGAAAGUCUUAAUGAGGCACUGUACGAGGCUGCCCGAUCGACGGAUGGCUCGGGCAGGAGGCGAGUCCUGGACCUGCUGCAGCGGGGCGCGUCUCCGGACACCUGCUGCGACAUUUUUGGCAACUCACCGCUGCACAUCGCCGCCAGCCGCAAUAACCACGAGGUGGUGGACGCCUUUCUGGACGCGGGGUUCGACAGCGAACCGCGCAACAGCAAUGACGACACGCCACUUCACCUGGCCGCAGGCGAGGGCGCCUUGGAGGCGGCCAGGACACUGGUGGACUUUGGUGUGGAUGUGAAUGUGCAGAACAGGGGUGGCUACACACCGCUACACCUUGCUGCAGAGGCUGGGUCCGUCAAGAUCGUGCGGCUCCUGGUAGAGAAUGGGGCGGAUGUGGGGAUUCUGACUGUGGAUGGUGCAGCAGCAGCCGAUGUCGUCUGUGCCCUAGAGUGUCCAAGGGGUGCCAAGAAGAAGAUUAAUGCUGCUCUUGAAGAUGCAUCAGCCAUUGGAGAACCUGCUCCAGAGGCGCUGCCAGACUCAAGCAACCCCUUGGACUUGGAAUUGAUCGCCCUGGCAGAAGCGCCACCCAAUGCAUCCUCCAGAGCGAAUGCUGAGCGGCUCCUUGCAGAUGGCGCCAGCGCAGAUGCCUGUUGCACAAGCACUGGUGGGACUGCACUCCAUGCUACUGCCAGUGGGGACAACAAUCUUGUGGCUGCUGUCCUCAUUGCGGAAGGAGCGGAUGUCAAUGCCAUCGACGACAGCAGGGACACUGUCCUACACAUCGUGCCACUUUUUGAUGCCGUCAAGGUCACUGAGCUGGUGCUGGGUGAGAACCCCAACCUUGAAGCUCGGGACACCCUAGGGGAGACGCCACUACACCAUGCGGCUGAGUUUGGCAGUCUGGAGAUCGCCACUAUGCUGAUCGAGGCGGGCGCCAGUGUCACAGCUGAGAGCAACGAGGGGGAGACGCCAGAGGACCUCAUCUGCGAACAGCCGUGCGAUGAAGAAGUCCAGAAGGGGCUGGAGGAGCUCUUCAAGCGGGCCAAGGCAACGCCAACGGCGCCCAAGCUGCCGGAGCGAGGGCCUGCAGAAGAAGACCUGGAAUUGAGUGCGGCCCUACUGGUGCUGGCGGAGUCCAAACCCAACGACACGUCGGAGGCCCUUGCCCGCGAGCUUAUCCAGGGCGGCGCCAGCGCCAACGCCUGCUGCACGGCGUCCGGCGCCUUCGCGCUGCACGCGACCCUCCGCCACGACAACGCCCCUGUCGCAAAGGUGCUCAUCGAGAACAACGCAGACCUGGACGCCGUCGACAACACCAAGGACACCGCGCUGCACACCGCGCCCUUUUGGAACAGCCUGGAGGUGGCGACGCUGAUCGUCGAAGCCGGCGCCUCCCUGGACCUGGUGGACGACAUCGGGGAGACGGCGCUGCACCACGCUGCGGAGUUCGGCAACGUGGCCAUCGCGCGCCUGCUGCUUGAGGCCGGGGCGGACGCCACCAUCGUCAACGACGAGGGCGAGACGGCCGUGGACCUCAUAUGCUCAUUUACCUGCGCAGCUGAGGACGAGUCGGAGCUGAAGCAGCUGUUCAAGCAGGCGGGAGGGGUUGAGGAGGAACGGGAGAAGACGCUGGACGAGCAACUUCUCGAACUGGCAAGCUCCAAGCCUGUUGCAGGCAUCAACGCCACCGCAAAGGACCUCCUGGACCGUGGCGCCAGCCCCGAUGCAUGCUGCAGUGUCUUGGGUGCCUCAGCGCUGCAUGCAUGCGCGAUCGCGGACAACAACCCUGUGGCGCUCGUGCUGGUCAUGGCAGGAGCGAAUGUCAAUGUUGCAGACCGCCUGGGGGACACACCAUUGCACUCGGUCGCAAUCGGGGACGCAGUGGAUGUCGCACAGGUGCUGAUAGAGGCAAAUGCAGAGGUGGAUGUGUUGGACGACAUCCUUGAGACUCCAUUGCAUCGGGCUGCAGCUUUUGGAAGGGUCAUCCUGGUGGAGCUGUUGGUGCGAGCAGGAGCCAACACAACAGUCCGCAAUGUGGAUGGCCAGACGCCAGCAGACUUGUUGUGCACCAGUCUGCCAUGCACAGAAGUUGCCAAGUUGCGGCUGACAGACCUGCUGCCGAACAAGUCCUCACAGCAGGACAAGGACACGGAGAAGAAGCACAUCGCGGAGGAAAUUGAGGAAAUGAAGGCAAAGAAGGGAGCGCCAGCGCCCUCACCAAAGGCGCCCUCACCAGAGGGUGAUAAGAAGAGGCUCAAUAAAUUUGACCAGGGGCUGCUGGAUCUGGCAGACACGCGCAUCAACGGCUCCACUCGCAGUGCUGUGAUGAAAAUCCUGUCCAAGGGCGCCAGUCCUAAUGCCUGCUGCAGCGCCUUCGGUGGCGCUGCCCUACACGUCUGCUCCAACUUUGACAACUACAUCGUUGCAGAGGCGCUCAUCGAAGCAAGGGCCACAGUCGACCUGACGGACGACAUUGGGGACACGCCUCUGCACGAUGCCGCCAUCGUCAAUGCCACCAGGGUGGCGAUGCUGCUUAUUGAGGCAGGCGCAGAUGUGAAUGCCGUGGAUGACCUGGGUGAGACGCCCCUGCACCAUGCUGCAGAGUGGGGCAGCCUGGAGGUGGCACAGCAGCUGGUGGAGAAUGGCGCCAACGUGAAGGCCAAAUCCAAAGAUGAUGUCACCCCACUGGACGUGGCGUGCAAGAACAUCUGCACUGGCGAUGACAAGAAGGCCUUUGAGGAACUGUUGACAGCCUCCCCUGCCAAGGCUCAAGAGGUCAGCUUCGUCCCUCUACCACCUGCAAACCCACCUAAUCAGAAUGGCCGACCUGGACCAGUGGGAGGGAGGUGA